UAAUUUCCUUAGAAGAUCUGCUUCUUGGAGGCAAUGAUUUUCGUAGCCUGCCAAGCCUCGCUGGUCUUUCAAAGCUCAAGGUCUUGUGUCUAACUGCAUGCAGAAAACUUCUUGCAAUCCCUGAUUUACCAACGAAUUUGUAUGUUCUGGAAGCAAUUUACUGCCCAGAAUUGGGAACAAUUCCAGAUUUUUCAAAAAUGUGGAAUAUGAGAGAAUUGUAUCUAAGUGAUUCGUUCAAACUCAAUGAGGUUCCAGGCUUGGAUAAGUAAUUAAACUCCAUGACAAGGAUUCAUAUGGAAGGCUGCACCAAUCUCACUGCUGAUUUUAGGAACAGAAUCCUACAGAGAUGGACUUCUUACGGAUUUGGUGGAAUUUAUUUGAAUGGAAUUUAUGAUAUUCCUGAGUGGUUCAAAAUUGUCAAUGAUGUGGACAAUAUCGUCUUCUUUGAAGUUCCCCAAAAAAUCAUGGGUCGUGAUUUAAAAGGGUUGACUAUAUGCUUCGUUUACUCUUAUUUUGUUUUUGGCCCAAAACUUGAUUCUGAAGGUCCUAUUGGCAUUAUCGUUAGAAAUCUUACCAAACAAACUGCUUUGCACACCAAGAUAGCAUUUGCCAGAUACGGAAGACCAGAACCCCAUUCGUUUUUGUCAAUUGAACCUGAAGACGAUUAUCUUUGGCAGGGACAAUUGUCAAACGAUGUGCUCCGUUUGCAAGGGGGGGACCAAGUCUCCAUUCUUGUAAGGCCUCUAGUUGAUUUUGUGGUAGUGAAGAAGACAGGGGUUCAUCUAGAAUGGGACAAAGUCAUGAAGGAAAAUAUGGAUAAUCCGGAUCCUCAUUUGUAUGAUUUGGAAACAAAUCGGGAUUUUUUCAGGGGAGUUGAUGACUCGUUGGAUCCUCAUUUGUAUGAUUUGGAAACAAAUCGGGAUUUUUUAGAUUUUUUGGCAGUGGAACCAAAUCGAGAAGCAAAUGACUGCCCAUAUCUGGAUUUUUUUGGGGGAACUGAUGAUGAGGCAAGACCAAGCCAUGACGCAUCUGUUCCCGGUGAUCAAGUGAGUGCUAUAGAUGAAGAAUCAGCAGUGGAAGACUAUCUACGUACUCGUUUGUCAUUGUCUAUCAUGGAAAAUCUGGAUUUUUCUGGAGAAGGUGAUGAUGGGGCAGGACGGAGCCAUGGCGCAUUUGUCUGCACUAAUCAAUCAAGUGCUGUAGAUAAACAAUUAGAAUGGGACGAAGUCAUGAAUCCGGAUCCUCAUUUGUAA